AUGCGUUACUUUUAUUUGAAUGGAAUUGUUCAACCGGCUACAACAUCUUAUUGUAUAUGGUGGAUGUGGUAUGAAUUUUCAUUAAACGCGAUUCAUAGUUUUCUCAUGGCUUGGAUAUCUAUCGAACGUCAUCUAUUCAUAUUUCAUAAUGAUUUUAUUCGAAAUAUUGGAAUGUAUAAACGACGAUUACUUCGUAUAGUUCCUUUAUUGAUGUGUUCUAUGUGGGGUCCAUCGUAUAAUAUGUUUAACAUUGUAAUUAGUCCAAUGUGUGUAACUAAACCACGUUUUGAUAGACUUUUAUGCGGUCUACCAUGCUUUUUAUUUACAAAAUGGGGUGCCGUGAAUCUUUUUAUUGAUGUUAUCUCUCCAGUAAUCGUUAUUUGCAUUUUUAACUUUGCUCUUGUCAUACGUGUUAUUCAUCAAAAACUGAUUGUUGUUGGUCGUAUUGAAAAUAAUUGGCGUCGUCAAAGAAAAAUGGCUUUUCAAUUAGGAACAAUUUCUUUUGUUUAUCUUGCUGUUUGGAUCCCAUUAUCGGUAGCUCAGAUUGGAGAAAUCUAUAGUCCAAAUUUUCUUUUUGUACAAUUAGAUACAUUUAAUUUUUUUGUUUACAUUGUACCACUCAUUACACCUAUGCUUUGUCUUAUAUCAAUGCCUGAAGUUCUGAAAAAAUUUAAAACACUCAUAUUCAGACAACGCCGUACAGCUAUAAUGCCUUUGAACGGUAUAGUAUUUCGACAGAACAACAUAAUUGAUCGAACAAGAAUGGUUGCUACAACAAAUUUGUGA